AAUCUGCCUGAAGAAAUGAAAACCGAACAGAAAAAAGAAAAAACUAAUGAAAGGAAACAGGUAAACCCAAACCAAUUAUCAUUAAUUACGCUCCUAAUUAACUAAAUUCCUCCUCUCACAUUACGGCAAUAAAAGCCAAAACCCAUCGUUCCGGUCCCAGCCUCUCCCUCUCUCCAUCUGCACCUACCAACCAUGUCGAUUUUCUGAUGAAUGAAAAUAACUGAUAAUUCAAUUCAAGAAAGAUAAGAGUGAUGAUGGGGAGGGAGGGCGCAGGGAACGACAUUGUGGAGAUUAAGGUACAUCCAAGGCGGGAAAACAAUGUAGGCUCACCACCACCGUACCAGAACAAAGCUGUUUUCAAGAAAUGGGUGCCAUGGCUUGUCCCCUUAUUUGUGGUUUCUAACAUUGCUGUCUUUAUUGCUGUCAUGUAUGUCAAUGAUUGCCCCACCAAUUCUGGCUCUUGUGUUGCUCCUUCUUUGGGCAGAUUCUCCUUUCAGCCUCUCAAAGAAAAUCCCCUUCUUGGCCCCUCCUCUUCAACUUUGGUGAAGAUGGGAGCUCUUGACGUGGCUAGAGUGGUGAAUAAGCACCAGAGUUGGCGUCUCAUUUCUUGCAUAUGGCUACAUGCUGGAGUCUUCCAUGUGGUUGCCAACAUGUUGAGUCUCCUCCUAAUUGGAAUUCGUCUUGAGCAAGAAUUUGGGUUCUUUCGAAUUGGGUUGGUCUAUGUCAUUUCUGGCUUUGGUGGGAGUUUGUUGUCGGCUUUGUUUAUUCAGACAGGUAUAUCUGUUGGUGCCUCCGGUGCACUGUUUGGUUUACUAGGAGGCAUGCUUUCAGAGCUGAUUACGAACUGGACCAUAUACGCAAAUAAGUCAGCAGCACUGACAACUCUCCUUUGCAUCAUUGCAAUAAAUCUAGCGGUUGGACUCCUCCCACAUGUGGACAACUAUGCUCAUAUUGGAGGAUUUCUCUCUGGCUUUUUUCUGGGCUUUGUGUUCUUAAUUCGCCCCCAGUUUAAGUGGAUCAACCAAAAAGCAUGUCCUCCAGGAUACAUUGCACCCCCAGCUAAAUCUAAACACAAGGCGUACCAAUAUGUACUGUGGGUUGUAUCUCUGAUAGUAAUCAUCAUUGGAUUUACUCUUGGGAUGGUUGCACUCCUUCGAGGAGUUAAUGUGAAUGAUCAUUGUUCAUGGUGUCAUUACUUGAGCUGCGUUCCUACUUCAUUAUGGAGCUGCAAUUCUCGGCAAGUUUAUUGUCAGUCGUCUCAACUUGGAAAUCAACUGAACUUGACGUGCUUGAGCAAUGGGAAAAGCAACCUGUAUUAUUUGUCUGCUGACGACCUGUCCAAGGUUCAGCAGUUGUGCGCUCAGCUUUGCAGUUGAUGUGCACCCUGUACACGAUAGAUUGAUCGAACUAUAUAGUUUUACAAACUGGUGAAUUUAUAUGAUUCAUUUAUCCAAAUGUAAAAAACACUCAUCGAUGACCGCCGCAUGAUGAUAUAAUUUCAUGGAUUUCUGUA